UCUAAAUCUCGUUCUUCUUGCACAUGGCACUUUGAUAAACGAUGGGGAACGUUUUUGCGGCAUCCAAUCCUCCUUCCUCUUCUGGAGGAUCUCUUGCUCCCCCUCCACCUCCAUUGACUGCCCCUCCACCAGUAGAACCUAAGCAAGCUCCUGUGAAAGCAGAAGCAUCUAAAAACCCGGGUUCCUUCGAAGAAUUACACAAGAAGUGUAAAGAUGUGUUUCCUCAACCAAUGGAGGGAUACAAGCUAAUGGUUAACAAAGGACUGAGUAACCAUUUUCAAGUGAGCCAUUCUCUUCAACUCAGUGGUAUGGGACCAGGUUCAUACCACUUUGCUGCAACCUAUGUGGGCUCUAAGCAAAUUUCACCUUCUGAGGCUUACCCAGUUUUACUAGGAGACAUAGACACUACAGGAAGUCUAAAUGCACAGAUAAUCCACCAAUUGACUAAGAGAGUUAGAGGAAAAUGUGUGAUACAGACACAAAAGUCUACUUGGGUGCUAGUACAGGCUGAUGGAGAAUAUCGUGGCAAUGAUUUCACAGCAAACUUAACUGUGGGUAACCUAGAUAUUCUAAAUGAGUCUGGUAUUGUAGUGGCCCAUUACCUCCAGCGCAUGACCCCCAAACUAGACCUGGGUGGCGAACUGCUCUAUCACUAUGGUUCAGGACAAGAAGUAGCUGUAAUGUCUCUUGCUGGUCGCUAUACUGCUGAUAAAUGGGCUGCGACAACCACAGUUGGUCAAGCUGGUUGGCACUUGAGUUACUGGCAUAAAGGAAAUGAAAAUGUACAAGUUGGAGUGGAAUACGAAUAUAAUUUACGUGCUAAAGAUAGCUGCGUUAGUCUAGGAUAUCAACUGGAUCUUCCCAAAGCCAAUGUAGUAUUUCGUGGAAUGGUUGAUACUAAUUGGACAGUUGCGGCUGUUUUUGAAAAGAGACUGUUACCUUUACCAUUUACAUUCGUUUUGAGUGGAAUGGUCAACCAUGUUAAGCAUCAGUCUCGUUUUGGGAUUGGCUUAACCAUUGGAUAAAAGACAUUACUUUUCGUUUUAGCUUUAAAAUGCAUACAUCCGUCUUGGAAUGACUAUGCUUUUUGUAUUACCAAAAAUGUCAUUUAUUGACAAAGAAAUCAGCCAUGAGUGAUAUCAGUUUUUAAAUUCAGAGUACAUGUCAAAGUACGAGGUACAAUAUUAGGAUGCUGCAUUUGUACUUGGCUAUAUCUAAUCCAGGGGCUUAACAUUUAGUGCAAAAGAAAUAAACUAAUAUUGUUGUACAGAA